AUGGUUAAGAUUCAAUUGGUUUUAUUAUCUGGGCUUGUGCAGCUUGCCCAGGUAGCCAGUGCUCAGUAUUCAUAUCAGGGCUGCUAUAGUGAAGAUAGUCUGGAAAGUUCGUUGAAAAGCGUGGGGAAAUACGAGUAUCAAAGUGUGUCAUAUUGCGAAGAGCAAUGUUCGGGUAGCGUUAUUGCUGCUCUGAUUGACGGUAAUACGUGCUACUGUGGUGAUUCUUCUUCUCUGAGUGGGGCCUCUAGUACCUCAGACUCGAACUGUCAGGUGCCAUGUGUUGGGUAUCCGUUCGAGAAGUGUGGAGGAGAAGGAUACUUUGCUGUUUAUGCUAGCGGGGAUAUUUCAAGUUCUUCUGGUGCUUCUAGUAGUUCUACCUCGACAUCUGCUUCAUCUUCAACUUCAUCAUCCUCAUCCUCAUUCUCAUCCUCAUCCUCAUUCUCAUCGUCGUCUUCGAUUUCUACAUCUUCAUCUUCGACAUCAACUUCCUCGUCCUCAUCAUCCUCCUCAUCCUCGAGCACAUCCACCACAUCAUCCACACCCUCUAGCACAUCCACAUCUUCUUCAUCCUCAUCGUCUUCUUCUUCUAUCUCACCAUCCACCACCAGUAGCUCGACUUCAAGCCCAACAACCCGUGUUAAAAUCAUCACUACACAGGUCUCAGUGGUUACAUUGAGCGACCAAAGCAGAAGCACCGUUGCUGUAACAACUACCAGAACAGUUGUCCCUACUGGCCAAGAUAUUGGCGCGAGCUCGUCAAGGAAGAGCUCUUCCUCAUCGUCUUUGUCCUCAGGUGCAAUUGCAGGUAUUGUUGUUGGUGUAGUUUUCGGGGUUCUUUUGAUCGCCGCAGUCAUCGCCGUGCUAUUAUGGCAAAGGCAUAAGAAAAACAAGAAGCCUGACUUCGAGGAGAGUAAACAACACCAGCCAUACUCCUUCGGCCAGGAGGAAGAACUCAUUGUUCCUCCAGUUCCCGGAAUACCGAAUUCGCAUUCUUCCAGCUCCUCUUCCGGUAGAUCUAACGUUAGCCAUCCAAACGAAAAAAUUGGCGAACCACCUGCUGGCAUGUAUAAUUCGGAACAACCAGUUAGCCCGUUCGAACCUGAAAAUGAUGAACCUAUGCUAAGGCCUCCGGCUGUACACCCAACAUUGGGAAACCCUAGAUUCAGCAAUGGAUCCCUACCAGAUGUCACUCAACAAAGACAACCCUUAAGGAUUGCUAAUCCGGACAGUUCAGAUAACGACGAUGAUGAUGAUGCAGAAUUCAACUCUAUCAUCGAAAACUUGAGAGUCGAUUAA